GACUUUGGCAGACCUUGGCAAAAAAAAACACACACACACACACACAAACGCUGACCUUUCCACCAGAGAGACAGGAAGAUGGCGGCGAUGUGGCCUGCUCGGAUAUGGAAAUCGCCGACGUUGUUAACGCGGGGCUCGGUGGCGCUGACUUUCACCAGGGCAAGUAGUAAAGAAGAGAAAAAUGACAAAGGAUGGUUUCGAUCGUUAUUUGUCCACAGAGUAAAUCAAAGAAAGGAUGCUCACUCCAAUCUCCUUUCCAAGAAGGAAACUAGCAAUUUGUACAAAAUGCAAUUUCAUAAUGUGAAGCCAGAAUGUUUAGAUGCCUACAACAGCUUAUCGGAGAAAAUAUUGCAAAAGCUACACAAUGAUCCUGACUACCCGUGUGAGAUUGUAGGAAGCUGGAAUACAUGGUACGGUGAGCAGGAUCAAGCAGUGCAUUUAUGGAGGUUUUCUGGUGGUUAUCCUGCUAUGACAGAUGCAAUGGAGAAGCUAAAACAAAACAAGGAAUACCUGGAAUUCCGCAAGGAAAGAAGCAAGAUGUUGCUGUCUCGUAAAAAUCAAAUACUCUUGGAAUUCAGUUUCUGGAAUGAACCACUCCCAAGGCCAGGACCAAAUAUUUAUGAGCUAAGGACAUACUACUUAAAGCCAGGGACCAUGAUUGAAUGGGGUAACAACUGGGCCCGAGCUAUUCGGUUCCGGCAGGAAAACAAUGAAGCUGUUGGUGGAUUCUUUUCACUGGUUGGUGACCUCUAUGUAGUGCAUCACAUUUGGGCUUACAAAGACCUUCAGUCCAGGCAUGAAACAAGGAAUGCAGCCUGGCAGAAGGCUGGAUGGGAUGAGUGUGUCUAUUAUACAGUUCCAUUGAUCCGGUACAUGGAAUCAAGGAUUAUGAUUCCACUGAAAGUCUCCACCUUACAGUGAUGAUCCAUUCCUUUACUUGGGCUACUUGUUUUCCAGUUGGAUGUAAAAGCUGCACAAAUUCAAUAUAGUCAUCAGUGUUUCCUCAGAUCUUAGUCAUCAACCAAUUAUGUAUGUAUCCAUUCUUGUGGAAAGAUUGAUGUUUACUAGAUAUAUAGUAGCAGGUUGCACUUUAACCAAAUCACACAAUUUUCAUCAUGCCAUAUGGAAAAGUCAGUCUGUUCCCGAUGGAUGAUCCCAGGACAAGCAUAAUAUAACAAAUAAUUAAUUACAUCCCAUUUAAGAAUAUACCAAUAAUGUUGGAUUAAUUCCACUUUUUGUAACGCUCUGAUGUAUCAAUUUUCAAGUGUUUAUAUUGGUACAUAGGUAGACUACUUCCAAACUGAAAGGAUGAUAUUAUUUGUUGUUAACAUUUACUAAGUGUAGUCAUUUAUCUAUCUCUAGGGACAGUGUGUAAUGUAGACGAUCACUGGUGCUUUUCUCAUUUCUUUCUAAAUUCUAACAUUUGACGGCAAGAAAAUGAACACCUUGCUCACUUUAAAAGAGGACCUUUGUAUUAAAAUUCUUAAAUCGCCUCGUGGUUCAUGUGGAUAAUUUUGAAAUACAUGGUACUUUAAGUGGUGUCAAUUACCCACAAUAUUAUUCCUCUUACACCUUCCCUAAUUCCUUGAUAUGUUCCCCCUUUUUUAAUGGAUAUUUUGUACAAAUCCACCUUUCCAUUAAGUAAGGUGAUUGAUUCCAAGUGUAAACAUCAGAAAGCCAGAUUAUUAAACAUGGCACAGGAAUUCGCUGAUGUUGCAAACAAUACUUCAUUCUGCAAUAAGUCAAGGAGCAUUUUUUAAAAAUUCUAAUUGAAGCUGCUGCUUAUGUGACUGAUGCUGAACUUAGAGUGAUUUUCUAAUGUGAUGGAACAUGGUUUAAUGCAUCAGGUAUUGAAUGAAUCUUGAAUUACUUCACAAUCUGUUUACAGUUGAAGUUAUGACUGUGCUGUUAAUUUUUUUGUGAUUAAUGUUUGUGAUGUAUUUUUAAAAAUGUAUAAAUUUUAAUGAUGUAACCAAUUAAAAGUAUACAUUUUGGGGUAUUUUGUAAGCUUAAUGUUUCACUGCUGUUGCAUUUAAAGGAGAAAUCAUUUUUAUAUGGAGGCUUUGGCAACUUAUAAAAUACCAUUUUUGAUCAUACACUUUAAAAAUGUAGAAAAUUUGCAUCACAUGUAAGUUGUAUGGUUUGUGGUAACUAAAGUUUCUGGAUAUAAUCUUAUCCUCAGAGUCUUGAACCACAUCGCCGUGAUAUUCCUGUGUUUAUGGCAG